AUUACAUCUUCUGCUGCUGAGCUGGGCCAGGCUCCUGGGACACAGGGAGCUCAUAAAAGUGUGCAGGGCUGCAGAGAGACAGCUGUGCCCAGGAGCAGCUCUUGUGCACAGCACAGCCUGCAGAUGACAGAAGCAGAGGAGAGAAAUUGGAGAGAGCUUACAGGAUGAGUGGGCUGUGAGCUCACAGCAGGAAUAUUCCAAACAGACCAUGACACGGACUCCAAGCCCAACAAAGCAGAUGUCCAACAGCAGCUCCAUCAGCGAGUUCCUCCUGCUGCCGUUAGCAGACACACAGCAGCUGCAGCUCCUGCACUUCUGGCUCUUCCUGGGCAUCUACCUGGCUGCCCUCCUGGGCAACGGCCUCAUCAGCACAGCCGUAGCCUGCGACCGCCGCCUGCACACCCCCAUGUACUUCUUCCUCCUCAACCUGGCCCUCCUCGACCUGGGCUGCAUCUCCACCACUCUCCCCAAAGCCAUGGCCAACGCCCUCUGGGACACCAGGGCCAUCUCCUACGCAGGAUGUGCUGCACAGAUCUUUUCAAUUUCCUUCUUCAUCUCAGCAGAAUUAUCCCUUCUCACCAUCAUGUGCUAUGACCGCUACGUUGCCAUCUGCAAGCCCCUGCGCUACAGUACCUUGAUGGACAGCAGAGCUGUUGCCACCAUGGCAGCAGCUGCCUGGGGCACUGGGGUUCUGAAUUCCCUGCUGCAUACUGCCAGUACGUUUUCACUGCCUCUCUGUCAAGGCAAUGUUGUGAACCAGUUUUUCUGUGAAAUCCCCCAGAUCCUCAAGCUCUCCUGCUCAGCCUCCUACCUCAGGGAAGUUGUGUUUAUCAUUUUGACUAUCAGUUUAGCCUUUGGCUGCUUUAUUUUCAUAGUGGUGUCGUAUGUGCAGAUCUUCAUGUCUGUGCUGAGGAUGCCCUCUGGACAGGGACGGCACAAAACCUUCUCCACGUGCCUCCCUCAUCUGGCCGUGGUCUCCCUAUUUGUCAGCACUGGAGCUUUUGCCCACCUGAAGCCCCCCUCACUCUCAUCCCCAUCCAUGGACCUGAUGGUGUCACUUCUGUACUCAGUGGUUCCUCCAACACUGAACCCUAUUAUCUACAGCAUGAGGAACAGGGAGAUCAAACACGCUCUCAGGAAGGUAUUGCAGUAUGUACUGUUCUUGCUUCCAUAAAGUUCACAUCUUCCUCACACAAUUUCCAGUGAUUCUCCUUUAUCUUUUAUGCAUAUUUGAUGGUUUGAUUGUGUUUUAUACAGCAAUCUGCAGAAACAUGUUGCAAAUUAUUUCACUUCUUUCCCACCUAUUUUCCAUUUUCUCACUCCAAGAGCUCGUGUAAACAUGGAACUGAUUCCCUGAAUCAGUUAAGAGAUAAAUAAAAUGUUUUAAAAA